AUGGGCGACUGGAGCUUUCUGGGGCGACUACUAGAGAACGCGCAGGAACACUCCACGGUCAUCGGCAAGGUUUGGCUGACGGUGCUGUUCAUCUUCCGAAUCCUGGUGUUGGGGGCAGCAGCAGAGGAGGUGUGGGGCGAUGAGCAGUCCGAUUUCACCUGCAACACCCAGCAGCCGGGCUGUGAGAACGUCUGUUACGACCGCGCCUUCCCCAUCUCACACAUCCGCUUCUGGGCACUGCAGAUCAUCUUCGUGUCCACGCCCACCCUCAUCUACCUGGGCCACGUGCUGCACAUCGUGCGCAUGGAAGAGAAGAAGAAAGAGAGGGAGGAGGAGCUGCUAAGGAGAGACAACCCACACCACGGGCGGGCCCGGGAGCCACUGGGUGGGACUGUCCCCCUGGACAGACCCCCGGUUCGUGAUGAUCGAGGCAAGGUGCGCAUCGCCGGGGCGCUGCUGCGCACCUAUGUCUUUAACAUCAUCUUCAAGACGCUCUUCGAGGUGGGCUUCAUCGCAGGCCAGUACUUCCUUUACGGUUUCCAGCUGCAGCCACUGUACCGCUGUGAUCGCUGGCCCUGUCCCAACACGGUGGAUUGCUUCAUCUCCAGGCCUACGGAGAAGACCAUCUUUAUCAUCUUCAUGCUGGCAGUGGCCUGUGCAUCCCUAGUGCUCAACAUGCUGGAGAUCUACCACCUGGGCUGGAAAAAGCUCAAGCAGGGGGUCACCAACCACUUGGGUCCCGAUGCCUCUGAAGCCAGGCUGGGGAUGGCCGAGCCACUGCCGCUUGUGCCUCACCCCGGCCCACCUAGUGUGGCUGUGGGCUUCCCACCUUGCUACUCACACCCUGCCCCUCCCCUGGGACAAGCAGGGUGUCCCGGGGCUCACCCAGUGCCAGCAGCAGACUUCAAAACGUUACCUCUGAACGAGGCACAAAGCAGAGCUCACCCCACCCAGCUCUACAAUGGCCACCACCUGUUGAUGACAGAACAGAACUGGGCCAAUCAAGCAGCUGAGCAGCAGACUCCAGUACUGAAGGCCUCCCCGACAGCACCCAGCCCUGCAGUCCCCAGCCCCGCCGGCAGUAGCAGCCAGCCUCUCCCCCAGGAGGCCGGGUCAGGGGGCAGCGGGCCACUGCUGCUGGCAGACAGCAGUGGCAGCAGCAUGGAGGAAGGCACCUUAGCAGUGACACUCGAAGACGAGGAGCAGGCCGUGACCACUGCAGCAGAGAUGCACGCACCUCCUUUGGUCCUGCUAGACCCUGGCAGGUCCAGCAAGGCCAGCAAUGGGCGGGCCAGACCUGGUGACUUGGCCAUCUAA